AUGGUCUCAUUAGGCGGCGUCUUCCUUCUCUUCGUACUACUAGCAGCACAGGCAUCAACGCGCGAUAUUCCGAGCAACGUAAAGGACUUUUAUGACUUCGUUCGCGGGCGGAACAAGUGCCAUCAUGUGCUAGCAAGCGGGUUUCACAGCAGUGAGGGUGACAGCGGAGGUUUUAGCUAUUGCGGAGAUUACCUUGAUGAUUACAAGAUCAUAUAUCUCCAAGGGAAAAAUGGCGAGCUGGCCAAUAUGGACGUGGACUGCGAUGGCGAGCAAGCCGGAGGCGACGGACGCUGCGGCAGCUCCACUGACACUCAAUCUGAGACGACGUUCCGCGACCAGCUGAGAGGUUACGGAACUGGGCGACGAGAUCUUAACGCCUCGGUACAUACUUAUGUUGUUUUCGGUAAUGAAGGUACGAAGAGCGGAUGGCCUACCUUCAAUCCAGAAAAGCACGGUGUCAGACCACUCAGCGUAAUGGCUGUAGUGUGCAAUAACAAACUGCUGUACGGAAUCUGGGGAGAUACAAAUGGUGAUGAUGGGCCUCAAUCCAUGGUUGGAGAGGCGUCAAUAUCACUCGCCACUGCAUGCUAUGGCAAUAGCAUCAACGGCAACUCAGGACAUGAUGACAACGAUGUCUUGUAUAUUGCUUUCACGGGUGACGAUGCGGUUCCUGGAGCAAGCGGGGCCAACUGGACUGCGUCAAAUUAUGAAGACUUCCAAAGCAGCAUUGCAGAUCUUGGCAAUAAGCUCAUUGACCGUGUCGGGAGCGGGGGCAAUGGCAGGCCAUUGGAAGAUCACUGGAUGCUCGUUUCUGCGGUCGCCUUUGGCAUUAUUUCGUUCCUGUUUUGA